UUCAGAUAGUCGGCCAUCUUUAUUUAUGGGGGAGCGUAAAAUUUAUUUUUAUACUUUGACGUGGUAAUGGCCCUGAGCAUUUAUAGGUCAUUGUGUACAACAGAUGACUUCGCUUGGUACACAUGAAGUUUACAGAGCAUCUAGGUGCUCACUUAACGCCGGAAUGGCGUAGCCAGUACAUAAGAUAUGAGCAACUAAAAGAUGUACUUUAUGGUGGACUGGAAAAGCUGCCUCCAAAGGAUGAAAAUCCUGAUUCAGUUAUACAGGGCCAUUUUUCAUCAUUUGAAGAGCAGUGGUUUAGAUACUGCGAUGAAGAACUAGAAAAAAUUAAUACAUUCUUUGCUGAAAAGAUUGCUGAAGCUGGUCGUAAGUACACAACUCUUAAAAAUGAACUUCACAUGGCUGGCUCUCUUAAAGUAGGACCUAGUCUCAGCACCCUGGCAACAUCCAAAAAAGUGACACUUGCACCUGAACCCAGCAAAAAGGUCAAGGUCAAAACAAACAAGAAAGUCAAUCAUCUAAAGUUUGCCUUUGGAGAAUUUUAUCUUAGCUUAGUUCUUCUACAAAAUUAUCAGCAACUUAAUUUUACUGGAUUUAGGAAAAUUCUCAAGAAACAUGAUAAGCUAUUUGAAACUACUAACGGGGCUGACUACAGAAAAGAGAAAGUGGAGGUGGCAGACUUCUUUGUUAACAAGCAUGUAGAUGAGCUUAUUCUAAACACAGAGGAAUUAUAUAUAUCUGAACUUGAGGAUGGAAACCGUUCUAAAGCCAUGAAAAGAUUGAGAGUUCCCCCUUUGGCAGAGGAACUUAGGCAUGGAGACUGGGUUUCAUGUCGAGUGGGAUUCUUAGCUGGUCUUUUCUUGAUGCUUAGUUCAGUUGCUACAAUUACAGCUUUCUUUACAGAUCACAGUGGAGAGUUUGACAUCGCCAUACGUAUCUACCGCGGAGUCUUCCUUUUUGUGUUAGUUACUUUUCUUCUGGCCGUGAAUACCUGGGGCUGGCGCCAAGCAGGUGUUAAUCACGUGCUCAUAUUUGAACUUGACCCACGAGACCACCUCAGUUACCAACAACUGUUAGAGGUUGCGCUGUUGCUGGGUGUCCUGUGGGCCAUCAGUCUUGUAGUGUUCAUGUUUAAUCACGUGUUAGGAAUAGAAUCCUACUCUCCCAAUUUAGUUUUAGUAUCGUUCCUGUUCUUGUUCACGAUUAAUCCCUUCAAAAUAUGCUACUACAAAGCACGCUUCUGGCUUCUUAAAGUUCUGUUUCGCAUUUUUACUGCUCCUUUUCAACACGUGGGAUUCGCCGAUUUCUGGCUGGCAGAUCAACUGAACAGUUUAGCAGUGGCGCUUCUUGAUUUCCAGUUUAUUAUUUGUUUCUACGCACAUGACUGGCACGUGACUAACCCUAAAGAUAUGAUUUGUGAUGGUACGUUAUAUGGUAUCCGUCCUCUGGUUGCCUGCUUACCUGCCUGGUUCCGUUUUGCUCAGUGCUUAAGGCGGUACAGGGACACUAAACACGCCUUUCCACAUCUUGUUAACGCUGGCAAGUACUCCACAGCAUUCUUUGUGGUGGCGUUUUCUACGCUUGCUAAAUCAGAGUCUGUUCGAAACGAUCAUUUUUUCAUGCUGUGGAUCGUAGCUGCUUUUAUUAGCACAUGUUACACUCUGACCUGGGACAUCAAGAUGGACUGGGGCCUACUGGAUAAAAAAUCCGGCGAAAAUAAAUUUCUUAGAGAGGAAACGGUUUAUAGAUCCAAGGCAUUUUAUUACUUCGCUAUGGUUGAGGACUUGAUUUUCCGGUUGUUAUGGACGCUAACAGUCUCUGUUGGAGAACUAGAAAUAUUUCAUUCUGAGCUACUGAAGCUUAUUUUAUCAGUGUGCGAAGUAUUCAGGCGUUUUAUUUGGAAUUUCUUCCGUCUUGAGAACGAGCACUUGAACAACUGCGGUCAGUUUCGCGCGGUGCGCGAUAUUUCUGUCGUUCCCAUGGAAACCAAUGACCAGGCGUUCCUCGAACAAAUGAUGGACGACAUGGAUGGACUGGUUCUAAACAAAAGAACUGGUCAGCGGAGAAGGAGAUCUGUGAUGACGAAAUCAAUGAAAAAAAUAUCCUCAAAGACUGAUGGUGUUGUCAUAAAAAGAGAAACUGAAGUAAUUAUUGAGAAUGAAACACUAACAAGCCUUUGAUCGCUAUUGAGAUUAGAAAAGGGUUGCUUUUUGAUACCUCAAGGGGUGGGAUAUUAAAACAUUGAAAAUUGCGAAAAUUAUUUUUUUAAGUUGCAUAUUUUGGAGGAGAGUCAGAUCAAGCAGCUCAAUUAUUUUCGAGAACCAACAAGAAUUAAGAAGAUGAAGUCUUUCACUCCCAAGAUCUCACUAACAAUUCUCCUUAACAUCUGCCAUGCAAUUCUUAGGAUAUUAGUUUGGAGAAUUUGGCUUUCGAUCAAUUAAGAAUCCCCAAAUUGAUAUUUUCCUUUAUUCCCUUCACUUUUCUGCUUGUUAUUGCAUCGACGGUGUAAGGAGAAAUUCUGUCUUGGACACUCAUGGAAUCUAUCGAGUCCAAUAAGCAACAUGUAUGGAUUUCUAAUUUAUUAUUAUUAUUGUUUUUCUAUGCAAUAAUUAUCAAUGCAUGGAGCAGACUCAUGGAAUUAUGCAUAAAUAUGAAGGAAUAAAUAAUUGUUUAAAACUGACGCACGGAGGGACACUAGUCAGCAGUAAGCUGUAAGAAAGAUUUAUUUUAAAUCGUGGUGUUAAAUCCAUUAUUUGUCGUACAUGUUUUACUGAACAAAUUCACAAUCGUUUUUAUACAAAUUUUAUAUACAUCAUUGCCGUCCACCAAUGGAUAAAGCUACUGUUACACUCAUAAAAGAUAUUAAAGAACAUAUUUGACACA